AAUCUUGACUUUAUGACUCAUUUCCCAAGGACUGGGGAGGCUUUUGGGGGAAGGGAAUAGAAAUUAAUUAGUCCGUGCUCUGGGAGAAGUUGCAAAGCCUAGUUGCAGGGAUCAGACGUAUCAGGAUGUGUUGGGAAGUAUGUGGUGGGAGGAGUCUCAGAUCCUUCUCCCUUCUGUCUUAUGAAUUUAUCUAAAUCAAUUUAGAUAUUAAAAUAGAUUCUUUCAAACUGGGCCAGUGGUAGCCAUUGUCCAAUUGAGGCCAGAUUUGGACUGGAAGCCGAACAAGUAUGGCUGAUCUCAGGUCUCCUAAAUGGAGAAUUUUUUUAGAUUAGCCCAUAUAGACACUUAGGAUGUGUAAUUUGGAACCCAGGGUCGGUGUGGAACCAGACAUCUGGAGGCAUUCCUCGGGUUUCUGAUAGACCAAAGGUGCAUGAAAGGUAGGAGGGGCGUCCCCAGACUAGGAUAUUUUUAAGGAGUCAGGUUCUCCCAGGCUGUGGAAAACUCUCAUAACUUUCACCUAAGUAAGUCUUGCAGGCGCUGGGGAGAAUUUCUGGGACUCUCGAUUGAGCGAGCUUUGUGUGUGGAAAGCUCCCAGAAGCAUCGACCCCGCAAGUCUCAAGAUGAGAUAGAUCGGUCCUUCCCUGAGCCUCUGUGGCCUAACGAGGGACCCGAAAUCGGACUGAGAGGAGGACGCUUGCACUUUAGCCAGGAACUCAGUUUCCGUGGCAACCAGCUGGAAGCUUGGCCUCUGACAGUCCGAGCAUCUCUAUGGUUUCUGUGUCCUAGAAGGACGGAAGUGCACUUCCGGGAAGAUGGCGACGCCCACGCCGGGCGUGACACGUGCUUCCACGGAGAGGAUCGCGCACUGAAGGAUGGUACCACGUCUUCCCUGGUGAGAAUCUGAGGACAAAGACUCUGCCCACCAUGAGUGUCACCCCAAAGGUCAAGAGUCGUGGGAUGAAGUUUGCUGAAGAGCAGCUGCUAAAACAUGGAUGGACUGAAGGCAAGGGCCUGGGCCGGAACGAGAAUGGCAUCACCCAGGCCCUCAAGGUGACGCUGAAGCAAGACACCCAUGGGGUGGGACAUGACCCUGCCAAGGAGUUUACAAACCACUGGUGGAGUGAUCUCUUCAACAAGACUGCAGCCAGCCUGGUAGUGGACACAGGGAAGGACGGAGUGCAGAUCAGGCGUCUUUCCACGGAGAACACCCAGCGUAAUCACCCCAAGCCCAAUCUGCUGUACCAGAAGUUUGUGAAGACAGCCACACUGACCUCAGGUGAGGAGAAGCCUGACAGAGCGAGCAGCAGUGAUGACAGCCAUGAGCCUCUGCCUCCAAAGAUUCUGACUGAUGAGAUGCUACUCAAAGCCUGUAAGGGGCGAACAGCACACAAGGCUGCCCGGAUUGGAAUCACAAUGAAGGCCAAACUUGCUCGCCUGGAGGCCCAAGAGCAGGCCUUCCUGGCUCGAUUCAAAGGCUCAGAGGAUGUGGGCACCUCUCAACCACAGACUGACAGGGAGCCCUCCCGAAAGAAGAAAAAAAAGAGGAAACAGAGAGAGGAGGAAGAGGCUGUAACACCUGAAAAGAACGUAGGUGAGGCACUCCUAGAAUACACUGACCAGAGUGUUAAGAAAAGCAGGAAGAAGAAACGGAGGCGGAAAGAAGAGAAAGAGGGAAUGGCUGUAGGAAGUGAGGAGGAAGAGGCUGAAGGAGAAAGUGGGCCUGGAGAGCUGAGCACAGUGCAGUCUGAUCAGUCAUCUAGGAAAAAGAAGAAAAAGAGGAGGCAGCACCAUGAAGAAGAGGGGGGGAUGGACGUCUGUGAUAAAGGAGGCAGAAAUGUGACAGGCAGGCCAAAGGCAGUGGACAGUGGAGUAGGCACAGAUCCAUGGAGAAGCAGCAAGACGCUGCAGCACUGUGGGGAGGACUUGGACACCCAAGAUGAAGAAGGGAAGGAUGGCCUAACAAAGAGAGAGAGAAAGGUCAGAAGAGGCAAGAAGAAAAGACAGAAGUGUCUUGAGGAGGUGGUCUUGGACGUAAGCGAUAAAGAUGAUGAUGGCAGGACUUGGGAAGUAGAGAAUGAAGGUGAGAGAAGUCAGGCACAUCCAAAGGAGAGAGCUGGCAUCAACACUGACCAGAGAGCCAAGAAGAAGAAGAAGCAGAAGAGGGACCGGAGGUCUCCAGUGCAGCCCUGCUGAUUCCUCUUCAGGGGUAGCCUGGGUUUGCCCCUCUGCAAGCAGCUAAGGAGCACCAGUCCGCUGAGGGGGAGACAUUCCCUGAACAAUGUCCUGUCCAAAAAGUACAGACCCUGGUGCCCAGCUAAAGGAUGAUGGAAGAGAAAUUAGGAUAGGAGUUUCUAUUAUUGAGGAAGUGUCUCUGGUAAAAGUCUAAAAAUGUAGACAUAUGUGAAAAGACUUUUGUUUUUUGAGACAGGAUUUCUCUAAUAUAGCUCAUGCUUUCCUAGCACUCAGAGAUCCACCUGCCUCUACCUCGGCCUGUACUAAUAUACCCUGCAGAAUGUCUUCAUUUGUAAAUACUGUGAAGAUUAAGAAAAGCAUACAUUUGGAUGUAUGGGCUGGGUUAGCCUUCCAGACUGCCUGUUUCUAAUCAUGAUUAAAUGAGGUCAUUCCCAGUUAACAUCAUCAUUUCCAGCAUGUGACGUUCUGAAAACAAAUUAAACGGCCCUUGGAGACUUUUGAAGAAGCUCUGUUACCCUCUUGGGGUCUCGCUACAAAGCUAAGCUGAGUUUGUUUAGAGGUAUCAUCUACCUCCCUGCGUAUCACAAACAAGUAAGAAUCUUUCAUUCCUGGGUAUGGAGUU